CGGCAGCUGCAGCGGGAGUCCGGCCGCCUCUUCCCCGGCUCCCGGCGGACUGUUUCCCCCUUAUCCCCUGUCCAGCCUUCGCCAGGAACCGAAGAGGAGUCGUCAUGUAGCAGCCACAUAGUCAUCUCUUAUUUGCAACUCUUUUUUUUUUUGGUGGGGGGAGGGCAGCAACCUUUUUUUGAAAAAAAAUUCUUCCUCCCUCCUGCCUCCUUCCCGCUCCAUUUGUGAGCCGCAUCUGUUUCUUUAAAGAAAAAAAUAUAUAUAUAUAUAUAUAUAUAUAUUUUCAGGUGCUUAGGAGAGGGUGGGAAUAAUAAAUUAUAGUUGAACCAGCUACGUACCCCUCCUUAAGGGCAACAAUGACUGAAGAGAGCUCAGAGGUGCCCAAAGAGUUGAUAGAAAGUAUCAAGGAUGUUAUUGGCAGGAAGAUUAAAAUUGCAGUAAAAAAGAAAGUAAAGUUGGAAGUCAAGGGAGACAAAGUAGAAAACAAAGUAUUGGUGCUCACAUCAUGUCGGGCCUUUCUUGUGACAGCUCGAAUUCCCACCAAGCUAGAGUUAACCUUCAGCUACCUAGAAAUUCAAGGAGUUACCUGCAACAAGCCAGGUCAGUUGAUUGUUGAAACUGAAAAAUGCAGCCUUUCCAUGAAGAUGGCAUCAUCAGAAGAUGUGAAUGACGUGCUGGCACACAUUGGCACCUGUCUUCGAAAGAUAUUUCCUGGCCUCUCACCAGCGAGAAUUAUGAAAAAAAUUGCUAUGGAGCCCUCUGAAAGACUUACCAAUCUCCAGGCACUGUGGGACAGCCAGACUGUGGCAGAACUAGGGCCUUGUGGAGGAUUUUCUCAGAUGUAUGCCUGUGUUUGUGACUGGCUUGGAUUUCCGUACAGAGAGGAGGUACAGUGGGAUGUGGAUACUAUUUAUCUGACACAAGACACUCGGGAGCUGAAUUUGCAAGACUUCAGCCACCUUGACCAUAGAGACUUAAUACCUAUCGUUGCUGCUCUGGAAUACAAUCAGUGGUUCACAAAGCUGUCCUCUAAAGAUCUAAAAUUGUCCACUGAUGUCUGCGAACAAAUUUUGAGAGUGGUGAGUAGGUCCAAUCGAUUGGAAGAAUUGGUUUUAGAAAAUGCCGGGCUUAGAACAGAUUUUGCACAAAAACUGGCCAAUGCCCUAGCCCAUAAUCCCAACUCAGGACUUCACACAAUUAACCUUGCUAGCAAUCCACUUGAGGAUAGAGGUGUAUCCUCUCUAAGUAUUCAGUUUGCCAAACUCCCAAAGGGACUCAAACACUUAAAUUUAUCUAAAACCUCAUUAUCACCAAAAGGGGUGAAUAGCCUUUCUCAAUCACUCAGUGCCAAUCAGGUAAUUGCUACCACCCUCACCCACUUAGACCUCUCAGGGAACGCUCUUCGGGGAGAUGACCUCUCGUACCUGUACAACUUUUUGGCUCAGCCAAACGCCAUUGCUCACCUGGAUUUGUCCAACACGGAGUGUGCCCUGGACAUGGUCUGUGCAGCACUUCUUCGUGGGUGCCUUCAGCAUUUAGCUGUCCUCAGCCUUUCCAGGACUGUCUUUUCUCACCGGAAAGGAAAAGAUGUACCCCCAUCCUUCAAACAGUUUUUCAGCAGUUCUCUUGCCUUGAUGCAAAUCAACCUUUCAGGCACUAAACUCUCUCCCGAGCCUUUAAAAGCACUCUUAUUGGGUUUGGCUUGUAAUCAUAAUCUGAAGGGGGUUUCUCUUGAUCUCAGUAGUUGUGAGCUGAGAUCAGGAGGUGCCCAGGUGUUAGAAGGCUGCAUUGCUGAAAUCCACAACAUCACCAGCCUAGACAUUUCAGACAAUGGAUUGGAAUCUGACCUCUCUACACUGAUAGUAUGGCUUAGUAAGAACAGAUCAAUACAACACUUGGCACUGGGCAAAAAUUUCAAUAAUAUGAAAUCCAAAAAUCUUACACCUGUUUUGGAUAACUUAGUACAGAUGAUUCAAGAUGAAGAAUCACCUUUGCAGUCCUUAUCCCUUGCAGACUCCAAACUCAAAACCGAAGUAACCAUCAUCAUCAAUGCUCUGGGCAGUAAUACCUCUCUAACCAAAGUGGACAUCAGUGGGAAUGGAAUGGGGGACAUGGGAGCAAAGAUGUUGGCAAAAGCCCUACAGAUCAACACUAAGCUCAGGACUGUCAUCUGGGACAAGAACAAUAUCACUGCACAAGGUUUCCAGGAUAUAGCUGUUGCUAUGGAGAAGAAUUAUACUUUGAGAUUUAUGCCCAUUCCCAUGUAUGAUGCUUCCCAAGCUCUUAAGACAAACCCUGAAAAAACAGAGGAGGCACUGCAGAAGAUAGAAAAUUAUUUGCUUCGGAAUCACGAGACGAGAAAAUAUCUGCAGGAACAGGCUUACCGACUACAACAGGGCAUCGUCACCAGCACCACACAACAGAUGAUUGACAGAAUAUGUGUAAAAGUACAAGACCAUCUCAACUCUUUACGCAACUGUGGUGGGGACACCAUCCAGGAAGACCUAAAAUCAGCAGAAAGGCUUAUGCGAGAUGCUAAGAACUCCAAAACAUUGCUACCAAAUCUAUACCAUGUUGGUGGUGCAUCAUGGGUCGGAGCCAAUGGUUUAUCAUCCAGUCCAAUUGAGGAGACAUUAGAAUCAAUGGCUGGAGAAGUUACAAGGGUUGUGGAUGAACAAUUAAAGGCAUUACUUGAAUCCAUGGUAGACGCUGCUGAGGAUCUUUGCCCCAAUGUGAUGAAAAAGGCAAACAUCCGACAAGACCUGAUUCAUGCCAGCACUGAAAAGAUUUCCAUUCCACGCACCUUUGUUAAAAAUGUCCUAUUGGAGCAGUCUGGAAUCGAUAUCCUUAACAAAAUUAGUGAAGUGAAGCUGACAGUGGCCUCUUUCCUCUCUGACCGAAUUGUAGAUGAAAUCUUGGAUGCCCUUUCACACUGCCAUCAUAAACUGGCUGACCAUUUUACCAGGAGAGGCAAACAACUUCCACAACAAGAGGCCUUGGAGAUUGAAUUGACUGAGGAAAAGCCAGUUAAACGCUCCAUCAUCACUGUGGAGGAGUUGACUGAAAUAGAGCGCUUGGAAGACUUAGAUACCUGUAUGAUGACUCCUAAAUCUAAAAGGAAAAGUAUCCAUAGUCGAAUGCUCCGACCUGUUUCCAGGGCCUUUGAAAUGGAGUUUGAUCUUGAUAAGGCACUAGAAGAAGUUCCAAUUCACAUAGAGGACCCACCUUUCCCGUCCAUCAGACAGGAGAAGAGGGCUUCUGGAUUCAUCUCAGAGCUGCCAUCUGAGGAAGGGAGGAAACUGGAGCAUUUCACCAAGUUAAGGCCAAAACGGAAUAAAAAACAGCAACCUACCCAAACAGCGGUAUGUGCUGCUACCCCUGCCCCUCAUGAUGGAGAACAAAAUGGCCUUAUGGGAAGAGUGGAUGAAGGUGUAGAUGAAUUUUUUACCAAGAAAGUAACUAAAAUGGAUUCCAAGAGAUAUUCCACAAAAGGCUCAGAUUCCCAUGAGUCAAAUGAAGGAGGAGGGGAUGAAAAGAAAAAACGGGAUUCUCGGAAAAGUGGCUUUCUCAAUUUAAUCAAAUCACGAUCCAAAUCUGAGCGCCCUCAAACUGUCCUGGUCACAGAAGAGCCUUCAUCCCCAAAAGGGGCAGUGAAAAGCCCUGCCAUGGACACAUCCAAGAAGGAUGUAAAGCCCACAGAACAGAACGGAAGCACAGAGCGAACGGAAGAGUUAAAAACACCGGACUCACUUGAGGAUAAUCAAGUGGAGGAAAUUGGAAAGCUAGAGCGGAGUGACAGCAAGAGCAGCCCCCAGGGAGGGCGAAGGUAUGGAGUUCAGGUGAUGGGUAGUGGCCUGCUAGCAGAAAUGAAAGCCAAGCAGGAAAGGAGAGCGGCUUCUGCACAAAAGAAGCUUGGGAAUGAAGCCUCUCCCCAGGAUGUUUCUGCUACUGCUUUGAGCAACACAGAACGAUCAGAUGGGAGUGGAGCAGUACCCAAAUUGCAUCCAGGUCUUCCAGAGAACCGUUUUACUGCAAAUAAAGGGGACUCCAUUGCAAUAACACCAGAGAAAAACACUAAAAUAGACUCCAAGGCGGAAGUCGGUAUAAGACCUCGGAGUUCUUCCAAUACACCUACCAGUCCCAAACCCCUUCUUCAGUCGCCCAAACCUGCCUUGGCAGCACGACCCACAGUCCCACAAAAACCAAGAACAGCCUCUCGUCCUGAGGAUGUCCCAGAUUCUCCAACUGGCCCUGGUUCUCCUAAAGUUGCUUUGCUUCCGCCUGUUCUAAAGAAAGUUCCUUCUGAUAAAGAGAGAGAUGGCCAAAGUAGCCCCCAGCCUACAGCAAGGUCGUUUUCCCAAGAAGAACAAACAGGAGAUUAUAACAAAAGAGAUUCAGACCAUGACAAUGACAAGUUCACCAGUGGAGGAAAAAGAUCUUCAAAACUGUACUCCACCACUGCGGAAGAGGAAGUGAAUGCAGUUGGGCACAGGAAGUCACAGCCAACAAAUGUUUCAUGGAAGAUCCAAGGACACCAGUCACCUGAACACCAGGAGCAAAGGCCAAGGUCCUCCAGCAAAGAUGGCUACCAAGGCAGCAAGUCCAGCGAUUCUGGAGAAGAGGCAGAGAAAGACUUUAUUUUUGUUUAAAGGGGUAUGCCUUGCAAAUGACUGAUUGUACAAGGUACUUUUGUAGCCCCAGGUACUGUUUUCUGUUGGUGCAGUUGGUUUUCUUUCUCUUCUUUCUUUUUUUUUUGUGAAUAGGAAACAAAUUUUUUUUAAUGAUAUUCAAAGCACAUUAGUUUGGUCUUUCCUUUUUUUAAUGAUGCAUUUGAUUCUCAAACAUUCCCUUAAAUGCCUUCACUAAAAGCCAGCAUUCUGCUCAUGUUCCCUACUGGAAUAUCUCUGAAGCAGCUACCAAGAGUGGCCCUGCCUAUGGGUUUGGGGAAGGCAAAGGAAAGUAACUGGAAACCAUCUCACACGAAUCCACUGUGCAACAGGUUGUGUGUUGUACUGCUGAAUGUAAAUGCGUCAAAUCUGCACGUUUCUGACAAAGAAAUAUAUUCUUCUGUAUGCAAUUGCACAUUGUAAUUAUAGUCACAGAGCACACUAAUAAAUAAUUUGUACAAAUUAUAUAUAUUAGAUGCUUGGGUCUGGGUUUUACAUUCUUCCAGAGAGAAUGUCUUUCUUCCUGAUAAACUGUACAGAAAAAAAAAAAGACAACCCUCAAUUGGUUACAUUCUCAUACUAUUAA